AUCGUCGCGUUAGAAACUCAUCCCCGGAUCAUAACUGCCGUUACUCCCCCACCAAAACUUAGUAUAGUAUAGACAGGACAGGUACUUAACUCGACCAUGCCUACCAUGUCUCAUGUCUCCCCAAUCUCCUUCCGGGCGUCUCUUGCCCGUCGAGUGUGGCCCCAAUCGGCCAGUCGUAACACCUUAACCCCUCAGCUACACUUCGGACGCGCUUGAUGAAUGCCGAUGCGGUGCCCGAGCCCUUACAAUGACAACCACAGGCGACCAUGCCGUGGUUCAUGUCGGUGAUGGCACGGCAGUACUCGCCCAACCCCUCGACGAAGGAGCCGGCGGCACACCUUUGAACGAAACAGGCCUCGCCCUCGACAACGGAUUUGUGCUUCCUUCACCGCUAGCCCGCCUAGUGAGCAUUGGCACAAGGUCGACAAGCCAUGUUAUCCGGAUCACUGGCGCCACGGUGGACUGGGGGUGGAAUGUUUUCGGUGACACCAAGUUGUCGGCCCUCCGGCUGGGUCAUGCCGUCGUCAACGACAGCCUAAUCAAGGCCGCCAGGGAUGCCAAAUCCCGUCGCCAUCCCCAGGCGGCAGAAGCAGAUGCCGCCGCCAACAUCGAGAGAAGGAUUGAGGGGCUGAACACCAGGAUAGACCACGCUAUCUUCUGGCUCGCAACUGGUUUUCACAGCUCGUGCCGAGCGUUGCUGGAGGAGGAGAAUCGCGCUUCCACUGUGGAGGAAAUUGUUUGGGACGUCGUUGUUUUCGAUAAUGUAUUUGAGAAGACGACAAGCAGUCAUGGGAUAGGCAACACCGCCUCGGAGCCGGGGCCCGUUUCUCUCUAUGACGUCCCGGCAAGGAAUCACUCAUCCUCUUACGGUUCGAUGCUUAUGGGACUCAUGGGUGUAGCCACGAGUAUUCAAAUUCCCGGGCUUUUGGAUGACACGCCUGAGGAGCUGCGUUCUUUUGCCCGUCACACCAGGUGCAGACCUGAGGAUGUCCUUCUGUCAUCGUUUCUCGACGCCCAAGGCGGCUCGGACGCAACGGAUUCCACUGGCAGCGGAAUACCACUCGUGCACUACGUCUCGUUGGACCACGAGUUCAAGGCUGUCGUCCUGGUCUUCGUGGCACCGUCGACUUUGAGGAUAUCCUCGCAGAUAUGA